AAAUACUGCUGGUUUAUACUUUGAAGACACAUGGUCACCUUUGACCACCUGGGAGCUGGCCGAAUUCUUCUAGCACGUGGCCUGGACUGUUAUGGGUCAGUGGGUCCGACUCAUCAGUUGUACUUUUGGGUUUUCCUUGAUGCUCUUUCUACUCGCCGUAUCUGCUGGGGGGCACAGAGACACAGACCUGCAACAAGAGAGCAAGCAUUUGUGGCCAGGGGGCGGCAGGCACGCCCGGAGCUACCACCAUCUACAGGGUGACAUACGUUGGAGGAAGCUGUAUUCCUCGAACCAUUUCUUUCUACACAUCGGCAGUGAUGGCAAAGUAAAAGGGACACGUCAGAAGGAAAAUCUGAACAGCAUUCUGGAGAUCCGUUCUGUGCACAUCGGCACUGUGGCCAUCCGGUCCGUCCACAACGGCUUCUACCUGGCAAUGGACAGAAAGGGGAAGAUCUAUGGAACGAAGCUGUACAGCCCGAACUGCAAAUUCAAGGAGCGCAUCGAGGAGAACGGCUACAACACCUACGCCUCGUUCCGCUGGCACCACGAAGGCCGCCCCAUGUUCCUCUCCCUCAAUGGCAAGGGCGUUCCACGGCGGGGCGCCAACACCCGGCAGCAUCACCUUUCCACCCAUUUCCUCCCCAUGCUGAUCUCCUGACGGAGGGAUUGCGUCCCCCCACCCUGGACUACUUUAUGAUACACCCAUCAUUAUAUUAUAUAUUUAUAAAAUUUA